AUGGCGACGUUGGAAGCUUGCAUUAAGAACAAUACCAAUAGAAAGAGGAAGCAACGAAUCUUCGAGUUCAAGAGUUUUGGGAAAUCAGUAACUGAUUUUUCGGGUCCAUUUCGUGAUAACAUUCGAUCGUUUCUUGAUGAAUAUGGUGAGCAGAUUGAACAACGCCAACUAACUGGCGCCGUUUCCAACAAUGUAUGGUCUACUCUUCUUCUCUGCGAAUCAAACGGUGCUAUUUUCCCUCUUUACACUAUUGAAGAACACAUAAAUGAUCAAUCUCUUCGCCCGCUUUGUUGUCACUGUAAAUCAGUUGGAUGGGGUCAUCAUUUUGUUUGUAAGAGAAGAUACCGGUUUAUGAUUCCAUCGUAUGGUGAUAAGCAACCAUUGAAAGAUCAUGAUCAGAAGAACAGUUUGGAGCUCGAUGAAUCACAUAUCUUACACGGCUUAAUUCACUGCAAUGGUUUUGGUCAUCUAAUUUCUAUCAAUAAAUUAGAAUUAGACUCUUCAAAUUCACUUACUGAAACCGAUGUCAUGAAUCUAUGGGACAGCAUUUGCAAUUCUCUAAAAACCAGGAAAGUAUCAGUAGCUGAUGUUAAGUUGGAGAGAUCAAUGGAGUUAAGGUUAAUUCAUGGAGUCGCAUUCAGAAGCUCAUGGUUUGGGAAUUGGGGAUAUAAAUUCGGCCAUGGAAGCUUUGGUGUUACAGAAGACAAAUACACGGGAGCUGUAGGAUUUCUAGCAGAAUUACAUCUCGAUAACAUCAUCAAUGACUUGAAAAACACUUACCAUGGAAAGAAAACCCAACAAAUUAUCUCUAAAUACCGGGAAUUAAGUGAAACCCGAUUGUUUUCAUUGAGUGAUCUUCUUCAAUUUCUUCUUGAAUUCAAGCUCUCCGGAGAUACUGAAAGCCAGAUUCUAGCGCCAUCAAGAAAAAUACCAAAACAUGAACGUGCUACAUUCGAAGAAGAUAUUCAAAACCCAAAAUGUCUCGACGAAUUCUUGAUUUCAAUUACGAAUUCAGAUUGCAGGUGGCCUCAAAGGAGAGUCGAAUACUCCAUUGACGUAAUCGUAAAGUUACUAAAACAGAAGAAUGUCGCAAUGUCAAGACACGAAUUGAGAGAGAGUGCUCGACAAUUUAUUGGCGACACAGGUUUGAUCGAUUUCGUUCUAAAAUCAAUCAACGUUUUAUGUUACGAUAAUUACAUUAUUCGUCGUGUAGUCAAUUCAUUGACCAAAUUAGUCGAGUUUGAAAUCCAUGAAAUGACUGAAGAUCCCAAGAACAUCAAGUCUGUGUCAUCUUUAUGGAAAUUAGAGCCAAGAUGGCCUAAACAGAGACUCGAAAAAACCGCUAAAGUUAUCGCAAACAUUUUAAAAGAACACAAGAUUACGAACACAAGAAGAAAUGGAGCAAUGUCACGUAAAGAUUUAAGAAACAUGGCGAGUAAAUACGUUGGUGACACGGGUUUGAUCGAUUUCGUAUUGAAAUCGAUCGAUAAAUUAUCAAUCGGGAAUCAAAUUAUAACCCGAAUGAAAAACCCAUUAACCCGAUUGAUGGAAUUCGAGAUCCGAGACCAAAACAAUGAGGAAUUUGAUGAAGAAAAUGGAGAUGUUUACGGAGAUAUCUUGUUUUUGUAUAGAAACGUUCUUCUGGGUUACCCGUGGUGGAACUCAGUGAGUGAAGCGAGUCGAGUUGUAUUAAACAGUAAAUAUUUCGUGAAGAAAUGGGAAUUUGAGGUUAAAAGUAAUGAGUCAAUGACGUUAACCUGUCGAGUUUUACCGAGUUUCGACGAGUUGGAAACCGAGUUGACUCGUCAACUGCCACCAGGGGAGGUGGUGGUGGUGUCGCCGUGGAUGACAGUUGGGGAGCUCCGGGAGGUGGCGCAGUACGCGCUGAGGGAUACUUACUGCGUAAUGGAUAAAUUUGUGGUGAGUCAAAUUGGAGGGUUAAAAGGGAUAAAGGACGAGGUAGUGCUAUCGUGCGCGGUGGAGGCGGGGGCGCAGGUUUGGGUUAGGGGGAGUGGGCUGGACUUGGGUACGACGCUGAGGUAUGAGGGUUAUGAUGGGGAUGCGGUUGAAUCAAGGGUGGAUUGUUUGUGUGGGGCACGUGAUGAUGAUGGAGAAAGGAUGGUUGCGUGUGAUGAGUGCCACGUGUGGAGGCAUACGAGAUGCUGCGGAAUAGAGGAUGAUGAAGGUGCACCUGUGGAGUUCGUGUGUGGGGAUUGUGAUGCGAAGAGUAAAAGUGAGCUUUUGAGCCAAUAG